GAGCAGAAGAAUUUCCAGCAAUCACAUAGGAAAAAAAUAUCCAUUAUCAACAGGGAAAUAAAGCCUACAGGAUGUAUGGAGGAGGGGAGGCAGCUGGGAAAGCGUAGGGAUCCUGCAGACCUCUUCCAUUUAGUCUGAAGGAGAAGAAGAAGAACUCAGCGCAAGGGGAAACGCUUUUUCGUCUUCUAAGGGGAUUUGGAAGUUUAACAAAAGAGAGGAGGAGGAGGAGGGGGUAUGGAUCCAGAUGCUUAUUCCGAUCCCUGCUUUUUUCUCAAGUUACACAAGAUGAGGGAGGAAGAGAAUGGAGCUGCUCCCUGGGUUUUAAAAGAGGGGAGCGGGUGUAACGUCAAAUGCUGACACAAUGACUGUGAGACGGGCUGCUGAGGUGACCAGGAAUAAGAAUCACGCUGUGCAUCUUUUCAGCCACAGGGCAACGCCAGCAGGUAAAGAAAACUCUGGGAUUUGGAAAAAACUUGAACCUCCUCAGCUUCACUUGAGUGUAAAAAGUCAAACUGUAAAUAAAUCUGACUCUGUAACAUAUAAUCUAGACAUUCAUCUGGGAGAAAGUCCUCUGAAGGUUCUGGAGAACCAGCCAAGAAGUAAAGGCACAAAAGGUUUACAGCAGAACAUGCUCAGCAACAAAAUGACCAUCAAUGACCCAAUGAUGGAGAUUAACAUCAAAGAUCCAGGACUAAUACUUAAGAAACAGUUAUCGAAUAGCAAGUCUUCCCCGUUACCCCAAAAGAUCGCACUGAAGAAAACAUCAAGCAUCAAAGAUAAGAUUUCCGAAUGGGAAGGUAAACGUGAGACGCAGUCCCCGGUUCUGAGCAGGAAGGAGUCUGUACAGGUGAAGAGGCAGGAUUCCUUUGGUACUACUUUUGGAGAUACGAAUGUGGAUGAUGUCAAGAACCGUCAAAAAGGAAGCUUCAAAAGGAUGUUUAGCUGGGAAAUGGACAACAAAGACAUUGAACAAAAAGACUCUAUGAAACUAGAGAAAAAAUCUGAAACUAGCCUAAUUGCAGAAAGCAAGGAGCAAGUCGUGAGCGCCAAGAAAGACCAGGCAACGGUAUUGAGUCAUAUUAAAAAGUUUGAGCGUUCAUUGAAGGAUGGACCAGUGGAGGGACUGCCACAAUUGCCAGGAACCUACUAUUCACCGCAAUGUUUGUUGGAUUCUAAGGAUCAGGAAAACAAACCCGGGUCAAAAACGAAAUGGGGUUCUGAUUCUGAGAAUGCAGAACCAAUUUUUGGGACAGUGGGAGAGGGAAGGCUAUCUAGAAGGACCAGCAAUAUAGACAAUGUAUAUACAGAACCAGGGGCACCAGAGAAGACAUUACCUAUCAACCCUUUACCCAAACCAAGAAGGACUUUCCGACAUGAAGGGGAGGUGGGUCCCAUUGGAACCAGCCUUCGGAAAAGGGACUUACCUCCACUUCCCUGUAUACCUCCACCUCCUCUACCCACAUCUCCUCCACCAUCAGCUGUGAGCAGAAGACUUUGGAAUAGCAAACAUAGAAAUAACGGAGACCAUAGGAAGUCAUACGAAUUUGAAGAUCUUCUGCAGUCGUCGGAGAACGGACGAGUAGACUGGUACGCACAGACCAAGCUGGCCCUAACUCGCACUUUAUCUGAGGAGAACGUCUAUGAAGACAUCUUGGAUCCUCCAUCAAAGGAAAACCCCUAUGAAGACAUCGAGACUGACAGUCGGUGUUUAAGCAAGAAGUGUGUUCCUGCUUUCCCGGCCACUUUAGCCUCUGUUCCAGCCCAAAAUAAGGUGCACCAGAAGUCGCCCUUCUUCAGGCAAAAUUCAGACCGUCGUAGUUUCAAACUGUUGGACAUCAGGAAGCUGGGGAGAGAUGGCGUGGCCUCCCCCAGUAAACUCAGCCCUCCAUCCUCUCCGAGCAGUCCGGACGAUAAUUUUUUCAGCACAGGAGACCAGCAGAAUGGGCGGCGGAGGAGAAAAAUCCCAAGGCUGGUGAUGAGGAUUAAUUCCAUUUACGAGGCCCGACGGGGUAAGAAGAGAGUCAAGAGGCUGUCACAGGCGGCCGACAGCAACUCAGGAAGAGUAACCGAUGACAACAGUGAAUCUGAGAGCGACACUGAGGAGAAGCUGAAAGCCCACAGUGAGAGACUGGUGCAUGUGAAAUCCCGCAUGAGCCUCACUCCGCGCUAUCACACUCUGGAGCGUGACCUCAUUGAGUACCAAGAACGGCAACUGUUUGAGUAUUUUGUGGUGGUAUCCCUCCAGAAGAAGCCAACAGGGACGAUCUAUGUACCUGAGAUCACCCAGCAGUUCCCUCUUAAGCUGGAAAGAUCAUUCAAAUUCAUGAGAGAAGCCGGGGACCAGUUUAAAGCCAUUCCCCAGUUCUGCUUCCCAGACGCCAAGGACUGGUCUCCAGUUAGUCAGUUUGAGAGUGAAACUUUCUCCUUCGUGCUGACCGGCGAGGAUGGCAGUCGGCGUUUCGGCUACUGUAGGCGGCUCCUGCCUAGUGGUAAAGGGAAUCGUCUUCCUGAAGUGUACUGCAUCGUGAGUCGGCUGGGAUGCUUUAAUCUGUUCUCCAAGAUCUUGGAUGAGGUGGAGAAAAGAAGAGGCAUCUCUCCAGCUCUGGUGCAGCCAUUCAUGAGAGCCAUCAUAGACGCCCCAUUCCCAGCUCUAGGACGGAAGAUCUCCGUGAAGAAUUUCUUGCCAGGAUCAGGAACAGAGGUGAUUGAACUGUGUCGACCCCUAGACUCGAGGCUUGAACAUGUGGAUUUUGAUGCCCUCUUCUCCACGCUCAGCGUACGGCACCUCAUACAAGUCUUCGCCUCUCUGCUCUUAGAAAGAAGAGUCAUUUUCAUGGCUGACACACUCAGCACCUUGUCCAAAUGCUGCCAUGCCACGGUUGCUUUGCUCUACCCAUUUACUUGGCAGCACACCUACAUUCCUGUGCUCCCGCCAGCAAUGAUUGACAUUGUCUGCUCCCCCACCCCAUUCCUUAUUGGGCUCCUGUCCAGCUCGCUCCCUCGUCUCAAAGAGCUGCCGGUGGAAGAGGUUCUACUGGUCGACCUCGGUAAUAAUCGCUUCCUGAGACAGAUGGAAGAUGAGGACUCAAUCCUACCCCGCAAACUUCAGGCGGCUCUAGAGCAGAUCCUAGAACAGCGCAAUGAGCUAGCUGUGGACAUUGACCAGGGCUCUGCCAACGGGCAGCAAGACUCCAGCUCCCUGAAUGACAUAGUGUCGGAGGCCUUUGUUCGCUUCUUUGUGGAAAUCGUCGGCCACUACUCCUUGUUCAUGGUCCCCGGAGAGCAAGAUGAGAGAACUCUCCUCCGCGAUGCCUUCCGUAAAUCUGUCUCGUCAAAGAGCGUCCGUCGCUUCUUGGAGGUGUUCAUGGAGACUCAAAUGUUUGGCGGCUUCACCCAGGAACGAGAGAUGCGGAAACAGGGCAACAAAGGUCUCUUUGAGGUUCGAGCACAGGAAUAUCUGGAAACCCUACCAGGCGGAGAACAGAGCGGGGUCAACAAAUUUUUUAAUAGAAUAGGAAGUAAAAUGCGGUUUUUACACAAGAAAUAAAACUCGGAGGAGAAGACAACCCAUAUGGAUGUGUUUUUAACUUAUUAACCAGCUGUCUCAGUCUAUGGUAGCCGUGGAAGGGUCCCUCCUGUUACUGUUUACUGAAGGGAAGCAGGAAGUUUGAGGCGACACAGAAUUAUUUCCCUCGCCUUGAAGAGCCGCCCCCACAUGGGGACCGUUAUAAGGACAGUUGGGUGGUCUCUUGUUUAUAUUAUGCACUGGACAGAUUUUGGAUAAGCUUAUCAAUGUACCCACAUCAUCUUCAUCCUGAUCAGUCGCCAAUAUUUUUAUAUUUUUUUUUCCACAACUUUUUGCUUUUAUUUAUAUUAGUUUUUU